AUGCAGGUGGAGUUCGUAUUUGUGAGAUCGGCGCAUGUGCAGGACAAGAUGUUGAGGAGUGCUGUUGCUGUCGCCAAACUAUUUUGGUGUCUGGUGCGGGAUAAAUCUUACCUUAACUUUGCUGAUACCGCAUCGGAGGUGGGAUCCUUCAUUCGUAUGUUCUCAUGGCUUUCCAACCUUCGGACCUUCAAUUAUUUGCUCAACAAGGAACAGCCUGGCGUGCGUGACGUUAUUUUUCUUAUCCACGUCCUUGCUGAGGGCGUCUUUAAGUUGGCUGACAAUGUAGCUUUCAUUGGACGUAAAUUAUAUGGGAGCACACCGCUUUUUCAACAAGCCGCUUAUAUAUCUCGUUUGGGUCUCUUCUUGGCCUGUCUGGCCGCCGUCGGGCUCUCGCUUUUUGACAUUCGGCAUAGUCGUCUCCCUGGCAGCCGACGAAAGCAACUCAUUACUCUUUUUCAGGGCGUGUGCGACCUCCUCACCGCAGCGGCUGAGGCUAGGGUCGCCGGAUUUGAAUUGAGUUGUCUUUGGAGUUCCCUGUUAACUUUGCUCAGCUCUCUUCUGUGGUGCGUGAACGGGUUUCGUUCCGCUGCCACUUCUGCCAAGCACCGCGCAGUUAAAUGCAUUUAG